CGGGCAGAAGGCUCUCCCGGAACUCUGCAGCCGCAUCGGCUCUCACAAUUUCAAUAUCGGGGUUCGGUCCACCAUGGCGGCUUACGGAUGGAAAUACUGAUGACAGUCCGAAAGAUCGCCUCGAUUUGUACGAUGGGCGCCAAUGCCUCUGCCUUGGAAAAGGAGAUUGGACCGGAACAGUUUCCCGUUAAUGAACACUACUUUGGAUUGGUCAACUUUGGCAACACCUGCUACUGUAACUCAGUGCUGCAGGCUCUGUAUUUCUGUCGACCGUUCAGGGAGAAGGUGUUGGCGUACAAGGUGCAGCCGCGUCGUAAGGAGUCCCUCCUCACCUGUCUGGCUGACCUGUUCAACAGCAUCGCCACGCAGAAGAAGAAAGUCGGAGUCAUCCCUCCCAAGAAAUUCAUCUCACGGCUGAGAAAAGAGAAUGAGCUGUUUGACAACUACAUGCAGCAGGACGCCCACGAAUUCCUCAACUACCUCCUCAACACCAUCGCAGACCUGCUCCAGGAGGAGAAGAGCCAGGAGCGACAGCAGAAUGGAAAACUUGUGCAGAACGGAGGAGGAGGAGGAGGAGGAAGUGCAGGAGGAGGAGGAAGUGCAGGAGGAGGGGGAGGAAGUGAGGGAGGAGGAGAAGGCGAAGGAGGAAAGGAGACGCAACAGACCUGGGUCCAUGAGAUCUUCCAGGGAACACUGACCAACGAGACGCGCUGCCUCAACUGCGAAGCCGUGAGCAGUAAAGACGAGGACUUCCUGGAUCUGUCUGUGGAUGUGGAGCAGAACACCUCCAUCACGCACUGUCUUAGGGGCUUCAGCAACACAGAGACAUUAUGUAGUGAAUACAAGUACUACUGUGAGCAAUGUCGCAGCAAACAGGAAGCCCAGAAAAGGAUGAGGGUAAAGAAGCUACCGAUGAUCCUCGCCCUCCACCUGAAGCGCUUUAAAUACAUGGACCAGCUGCACCGCUACACCAAGCUGUCCUAUCGCGUGGUCUUCCCCCUGGAGCUCCGCCUCUUCAACACGUCCGGGGACGCCACCAACCCCGACCGCAUGUACGACCUGGUGGCUGUCGUCGUACACUGUGGCAGUGGUCCCAACCGCGGACACUACAUCACCAUCGUCAAGAGCCACGGCUUCUGGCUGCUGUUUGAUGACGACAUCGUAGAGAAAAUUGAUGCACAGGCGAUCGAGGAGUUCUACGGUCUGACAUCAGACAUUUCCAAGAACUCUGAGUCAGGAUACAUCCUGUUCUACCAGUCCAGAGACUGAACCAGCCAGCAGUAUAUCCCCAACGGACUGUCACUCAACAGAGGGGAAGGGGCUUAUGGUUGCCACCGGCUCCACCCAGUACGCUCACAUAAGUAUCCAGGCUUUAUUCCCUGUAGGCGGAGCUUUGCACUGGAGCGCCACUCGGAUCGGUUGAGACGUGUGCAGGUCGCAUGCCAGCCUCCUGGAUUACGACCGUUCAAAUCCUCUGAGCCCACACUGCAACAAGCACCUUACAAAACAAGAUGGCUGAUUCUCUAACACUUGCUUUGCACUGUGGCAUCAGCUGGGAAUACUUGAGUAACGCCAAUCCAAGAGGCUGACAUCGCCAUGUGCACAGUGGUCCAUUUUGGAGGUAAAAGCAUUCUGGGACUGUCGUGAUGAUGCAGAGUGACCAAUCAGCUGUUUCGGAUGAGACACAUAAAUAUCUCAUGCCAGAGGAUGCCAACCCUCGUCAUGGUUACCAUCGGUGUCAUCGCAGUCUUCUUUAGCGUUUUUCUUUUUUUUUUGGUUUUGUUUUAUUGUUAGUUUGGUUUUUUUUUGGGGUGUGUGUGCGUAUUGUACCGUGCUAAAUUAGGUUUCCACAGGGACUGUAAAGCUUUGCUUAGCUUUACGCUGACACAUACGUUCACCUCAAAGGAAGUCCCCAGUAAUUCUUUCUCUGGAGACGGAGAGAAACAAUAUCCGACAGCAUUGGUAGAAGUCCCCCUGAGUCACAGCAGAACCACUGACACUACCACUAGCGACCGAAUGGCCUGAACGUGUACUUUGAGCGCAGCGCAGUGAUGCAGUUGCUAGUUUGCAGUGUUUGAUUCGUGAAGUGGUACUAACAACGCCUAUAGGCAGAACGAGAAAUGAAAACCAGCCACUGGAGAGAUGUUUUUAUGCAUCUGAUAAAAAUGUCUCUGACAGAUGAGUAGGGCUCAUUAUUUUACAUUUUUACUCAUCAUUUAAAAAUGAUAAUUUCUUCAUUCUGAACAGUAAAAAACAAGCGAAAAUUUGACCAAAAUACAAUUUUCAGUAUCUGUAAUUUAACCAUUUACUGUUUUAUGAAGUAAUUCAAGGUUUUAUCAGCUUUUUUGAGGUUUUGCCCUAUUUUUUCUCUUUGCUUAUUGUUACCAGGGAUAUUUUGUGUGUGCAUUUUUACCGUUUUCUUUUUUCUUUUUUUUAGACAAAUAGUGGUAAAAACCUAAAACAAUGAGCCUCAAAGAUCGCAUACAAUCCUGGUUUUAGCUUUAAAAAAACUACUUGGCUAAGCAGUGAAAGUGGCUGGCGAAAGUUUUAGUUUUCAAGUUACUGCUGUGUCGCGCCAUUACGGGUCACGUUCGGUGCCACAGCGGGAAAGGUCCACAAGGGAAGACAUUAAACGAAGAGCGGUUGGGUGUUUCAACAGGAUAAGCUAACUUUUUUGAAGCAGGCUUUUUUGUUUUUUGUGGUUUUGACAGCAAGCACAGUCUCCUUUGCAGUUUGCUUUUGAAGGUUUGUGUUGUGUGAACAUUUUUGAACUUUUUCUUUUUAAAUGCCAGAAUAUGCACAGUUGUACCAUUUUAAAGGGUCGCACAAAAAGACAAAUUAUUUCUGUUUCCUCUAAGUCAGUUCUGACAUCCAAACUGACACACUACAUAAAACCUGUCUGGAUGUUUAUGUUUAGUGGGUUUUGUCCUUUAGUUCAUUUUUUAAAGCUGUAUUUAUGGACAACAAACUCUAACACCUCUGCACACACACCUUGCUGCAGCUGGUACAGCACAGCUCAUAUCAGCCACCAAUCGCGCGCUGGCAAAUUGCGACUCUGGCUUAAGUGUUUCUCCUGCAGCUGCAGCCCUGGCAGGCAGUCGGAGCUUUUACGUAACAUGUUUUUCACUCCAGGAUCUUGAAUUGGAGCCCUCAGUAAUGCUGAGUGAUGCUAACGGUCUGCCGAUGUGGAACUUGUCCACUGUCGGUCGGAUACAUGGUAUAUUUAAUGCAGUAAGACGGUCUCUGUCUGUCUGUGUCUCAGCAGUUUAAAAUGGCUUCCUCUUCUCAGUGUCUCUUAAAAUCUAUUUUAGCACAAUAGGGAAGAGUUUGGGAUGGUAACAACUUCUGAUUAAGUGCUGACUCAUCCUGUUAGUGGGAAUAUUAAAGGAUUACGUCCCUCAAAUAUUGGACUGUGGUGUCGCUUUUCCAAACCGUUGUCAGUAAUUGUUAAAACACUUAGUGUCUCUUCCUCAAAUAGCUCAAGCUGUCAUCGUUUUCUGGUCACAUCAUAAAAUUAGACCUAAAGCUGGGAAGUCAGUCGAUCAACAGAAAAAUUCAUGGGCAACAUUUUUAAGAAGCGAUUAAUUGUUUUUAAGUAAUUUUAAUAAAAAUGUGAGAAUUCUUUUCUAUCUCUGUCGUAUGAUCAAGGUUUUUUUAAAGCAUAUUUAAACAAAAGUCAGCAAUGGGAAGUCUCCUUAAACUCUAGGAAUUCAUUCUUGAAUGUCUGUAAUGCACGUUUCAUGAACAAUUUUCUUUUUUGAUUGUUCAACCUAUUAAAAGUUAGAAAAUAGCGAAAAGUGCCUAUCACAUUUUCCCAGAGUCCAAGGUGACAUCUUUAAUUUGCCUGUCCAAAAUCCUGAAUUAUUCAAUUGACAAUGACAUAAAGCGGAGAAAAGCAACAAACCCUAAAAGUAUAGAGAAAACAUUUGGGCUUUUUGCUUGACAAACAACUUAAAUGAUUAAUCGAUCAUCAAAAUCGUUACCAAUUAAUUUCCUAUCUAUGAACUUAAUUUACCCAAUACUUGUUUCAGUCUCCAAAUGAUCGUGCAAAGUGUCGUAUCUUUGAUCUGAACCUCUCCAAUAGGUUAACAGUUUAAUUAAUGCUCACAAAUAGGUUUUAAUUGUGCUGAGCUGAGGCGAAAGCAGGAGCCAUUUUAAAAACUUGUACUCGAUCUCCUUAACUUGUGCCUGCUGAUCAGCUAAAACCUUUUUUUUUGUUGUUGUUUUUUUGUUAAACGCACAAGCAAACCAAAUGUAGGAUUUUUUUUGGUUUAGUCUUGUUUGUUUGGAAGUCAGUUUCACACUGCCAAGCUCACGAGGCUCCACCCGGCCAGGCUGUCUCAGAUUAUCAAGCAAGCUCGCCCUGUCACUCCUUCGUAACAGAGCUGACGCAGAUGGAAAGUGAAUGGAAACGCACUCUGUGUCGCUUUUAAGAUGUUUUGUAUUCUACUGUAGGUGAGAUGCCUGGGCAGUGGGUCAAGUAUUAUCUGAAUGUUAACGUGUACAGUAAAAUAAAAAUAGGGCUGCUGCUUCACCUUUAAAAACACAAUUUGGAUUUGGGUGUGUCUCAAUACUCUGAAGUCGCUCGCUCUCCUUCUAAGAGGAGAAAAGCAUUUUCAGUAACAAAAUUUUUUUUUCACAUACACGGGAUCAGAGUAACGUGAAGCCCUAAUCCACUUCGGAUAUGUCUGGUUUACCAACAGUGUCUUUGCAUUGCCGAGCCUUGAUCUAAGACUGUCAUACUAUGUGUCACGGACCCGCGUCCCUGUCUCCCUGAACUCCGACAUUUCAGUCACUGAGCGGCUUCUAAAAUUCAUUACAGGAAGAAUGUUAAAAGUCAAAACUCAAAGGAUGACGGGCAAUAUUUGUAGGGACCCAUGUGGCCUUUCGACUGGACAAACUAGGAACUAAAUUUAGUUCCUGCACGAUAGCUCCAUUUGGCAAAAAAAACAGCUGUGAUGGAAAUAUUGGGACUGUGUUUGAAGGGUUAAAUGUCGCUGAUAGUUUUUGACUUCCUCUACCUUCCCAAAGCUUUAUUGACUAAGUGAGGAAGUACUGCACACCACUAGGACAAGGUGGUAGGAUGUUAGGUGAGAUGGACAUUGUUUUUAAACGGUAAUAAACAUUACAGAAAAGUUAACAAGUUGGCUUCCUGACUAGCUUGAAAAAAGAGCACAAUAAAAGGGAACAACUUUGAAAUAAAACUUUUUUUCAUCGUUACGUAUUAGAGCUGAAAUAAACAAAUACUCCGCCGAUCGUUGAUAAGCUUUCUAGAGUUUCCAAUCUCUGUUGUCCCCUCUGCAUGCCUCUGUUAAAUUCAACUGUUACAUUCAACUCAAAAGUCAGAGUCACCCAACAGUAAAUACAAAGAACAGCGUGAUGACUCUGGGUUGUUAUCUUGUGGGUGAAAAUUGCGUCAUUUUUAAAUCUGCCGUGCGUCUAAUUUGCACAACUUCGCGAUUCUUCGGAUGGAAAUGCAAACAGGGAUGCGCAAAAGGGACUUAUAGUUCCCGGUUCAGUUCGCCUGGUUCCAUAGUUCCGGGUUCUGUGUAGUCUAAAGGGGGCUACUCCAUUAUAGUCAGUAGAAGCCAUGUAAAAUCAAAGAUGACACAUAGCUUUCAGCCACCAGUGGCAGCAGUGAGCACAUUACUGCUGAGCAUCUGAUUAGCGAAGAAGAAAUCCUUCAUCAUUACUGAUUUUACAUAGUUUGUAUUGACUGUAAUGGAAGAUUUAUUUCUUUUCCCUAGUACAGGUCGCUAAGAAGAUUGCCUACCCUCUGGUCAGUUUGUAUUCUCAACAUUUUUUUUCACAUGAGGAAUUUCCAUGAAUCUCUCAGUGACCGAAAUGUUCCGGUGUCAUAGCGACCCAGGACAGUGACGCUCAGUAUGACAGUCCUGGAUCAGCGCUAGGUAAAGUUAAAACAGCGUCAGUAAACCCGUCUUGACUUGUACCCAACAGUUUAAAUCUGCUCAUUACAACCACAAAAAGCGUGCGGUCGGGUUCUGGAACGUCUUGCUCGGCUCGUAGUCUUCAAAACGCUGUAAAUGACAGAAGGGGAGGAGGCCACUUCUGAUGACACGUCCCAAACACUUCACCUCAUUCACUGGGUCGAGGCUUCGAGGUCAACACUAUUUCCUUUUCCUGUCCGUGCUGCUCUUAAAGUCAAUUAAUCUACAUGAAAGGAUGAUGUUGCUUUGGGGUUGAUCCACUUUGUUUCCAUCAGUUCUACAAUUUCUGGAAGUCAGAAAAAAAAAGUUUAUGAUUGCAAAUGUAUUGAAAUUCAGGUUAUAUCCAGGUACCAAGAGAAUCUGUGGACUCCUAAAAUUGUUGCUUUCAUAUUUACCAAAUGAUGUGUUUUAUAUUUUAAGCCUUUUUUUAAAGGGAAGAUUUCCUUCACUCACAGUAUAAAUUAACAAAAACAAGCACAAAAAAAAAGCAUCAAUUGGGAGGUGGAAGUCCACAGAUUCAACCUGGAGCUGGUUAUGAAUCUGUCUUAAUGAAAUGCAGUUCAUGGAAGUCAACAAUGCCCGAAACUGUAAAGCGUUGGUUGAAAUUUUUUGGCCAGAGGAAGCUUUGUAAUCCCAUGUUGAAACAAGGCUUUUUUUAUUUUUAUUUAAAUACUAUUACUAUUAUUAUUAUGAAUGUUUAUGUUAACCUCCUUUUCUUAGAUGUUUCACAUGUUUUUGAUAUAUUUUACUAAUUUUAAUAGUCUACCAUUCUUGUGUAGGCAGCUCUGGAUAUUUUGAGGAUUUAUUUUGGUUUAAUGUUUGGGAGUAUGUGAUGAGAGAUGUUGAUGUGUACAUAAUUACAGAUGAUUAUUGGAAUAUAUAAAUAAUUGCUUGCUUGAAAUAAUCAGCAGACCUAGAUCCAAAAUGUUGGCGGACUUUGUGUCUCUAAAGUACUUUUAUUCUGGUAGUGAAUCAAUGUGCCUGGUACUUAAAAAGUAACAAGCCCCACCCAUCUGGUAUCGCAGGCAGCCAAAACCAAACAGCCCUAAAUAAAUGAGCUCCUAUGGUCACAGCAUGGUACGCAGGAAACUGUCUGAUUUCAUUAGGAUAGUUUCAAAGACUAAAAAAAGUUCUCCUACUAGAAACUGACCAAAAACUGUGUAUCACUGCGUUAAAGGAAAAAUCCACUUUAAUCUACGUUGGUGUUUCUCUUUUUUCCGCUCUGCUCGUUUUAUAAUUUGGUGUUUCAUUUCACUUUUUCCUGCGACUGACUGGUCCAAUGUAACUGACAUGGUCGCACCCGCAGUCAUUUACCGUGAGAUUAUGUUGAGAAGAACGCUGGUAGCACGCGCCAUCGUCGCGACCAAAAAAAAA